AAACACUUGCUCUUAAACAGCAGGCCUUUACUUCAUUUAAGUAUCGAGUACUUCGUAAUCGUCCACGAUAACGAUACUCCGAAGGCCGAAUUUGUGUCACCGAUGAGCGAACGUACAUACACUUGGGCGGCGCAAAGCAUCCCAGAUAAUCGUUUGCCGACCUCGCCAUCGUUUUUUUUUUUCCUUUCUUCCUUUUUACGACAAUGCUGGUGAAUGGAUUGAUGUGCGCGGAGCUGUAUUUACCCAGCCGCAUCCGAUCGUUCGAUCAGGCAGGCGGAUGGCGCGGCCGGAAUGCCCCUCUGCUCUUCCUCGUCGUAUCCGCCGUUGUACGGCUCGACGCACGAUAGCUUUUCAUUUCGUUACGCGUCUGUCCCGCAGUUGGUUAGUGGAACGCUUGCCCGUCGAUCUCACUCUCUGUAUAAACGAAAGAACGACGAAUGUACGCCGAGAGUGAAUCGCGAGCACGGCUCGAUUACGUCGAGGAGCGCGUACAACCGCUGAGGAGAUAUACCGAUCUUUAACCCGCCGACGACGAUGCACGCUUCAGCCAAUAAGUGUGACAAUUGCUACUAGAGAGUUCAAUGACGGAUCAGCGUUUUGCAUAAGAGAGUGUAAAUCAACGGUACGAGUGAGAAGCAGAAGAUGUUGUUUCGGAGUCUAUAGAACAAUCCGGGAAUCCUUGAAAAGCAAACUCUCGCAACUGAUUUCAUCCCGUCGCAUUUGCAGUGCAAAGAUACACAAUGACGGUGACGAUCCUACGCUUCAUGGCUUUCGUCUGCAGUCUUGCUUUAAGCACAGGUUGGUCUCAGAAUUGUCAGGAUCAAGAUACGGGAUGGGAGAAAAUAAUCGGAGCUAAGCCUGCAAACGCUGCAGAAACUAUAUUAUACACAAACAGUGCCAUAGGUAACAACGGUAUUAUCGUGCCUUGUUUUGACAGGUGUAAAAGCUUGAAUUGCACAGCGUUUGUGAUCGACUUUGCGAGGAACAUUUGUUACAGCGUGCAAGUAAAAGGCGAGGAACUCAUUCCUGAAACUAAUGCCACGUUUUUCCACAAAAUCUGUAUUAAAGUUUCACCAAAUUGCAAGCGGCAAAGACUGUGGCAAGUAGAAAGAACUUUAGGAGCUAUUUUAAAAGAUGGACACUCUAACUUAUAUUAUCAAGCAUUGUUACGAAGAAGCGAGUGUUACAAGAAGUGUUUGCAAGCAGGAAGUGAAUGCGAAUCUGCGCAAUUUCGUACGAGCGAGCCUUUGUCAAUUGACGAUACUAUUGGCACGUGUUCGUUGUCAAAGUUUGAGAGAGGUACUAGACCGCAAGCUUACAGAUCGUCGAUGUAUCGGGAUGAGUAUCUGCAAGAUCAGUGCCAUAAUAUAUCGAAGAAAAGCUAUUGUUCCUAUGCGGAGUUUCGGAACGUAACAUUGCCAUACUCGGAUGUGGCGUUGCCGGGACUCGACAUAAAGCAGUGCGAGGAGAAAUGUGAUCACAACGAGAAUGGUUUCAUAUGCAGGGCCUACACAGUCGACUAUUCGGAAGAGAAACCAUUCUGCUUGCUGCAUUCUGACGAUACAAUCAGUCUUGGAGUCAGUUCGCUAGUUGCCAGACCGAACGUCAUUUAUAAAGAACAAGAAGCUUGCCUAGAUUUGAAAGUACAAUGCGGCGAAUCAAUCAUGACAGUUACAUUAACCACUACGGAGCCUUUUGACGGACGGAUAUACGUGAGCGGAUAUGGAGAUACUUGCGGUGUUAAUGGUGUUGGGAAAAAUGUGACGAUCUUAAGAUUGCCACUGCCAAAGAAAGAAUCCAUCGGUCAAUCUAAUAUCGAGUGUGGUCUUACACCUGCGUUUUCCAUUGACAACGAAAAUCGAACGCAUACGUUGGUUUGGGCCACCAUUGUGAUACAAUAUAAUCCGAUUAUUCAACGAUUGGGAGAUCAGUCGGUGAGAGUUGGAUGCUCAUUAGACGGUCGCGAUAUCCCGGAGCCGAGAAACGUGUCCGUUAAUUCGAGUUUUUCUUUCUUGGAUCCAAACGCAGGCGUGCCGCCAGUUGGGUCCAUCGUAAUAAACGUAUCGUCCGAAGUGCCCGUGGUGACGAUGAGAAUCCUCAACGAAGAACAUAUGGAUGCAGUCGUUACUCAAUUAGGACAGAAGCUAACGCUCAGAAUCGAAAUUCAACCUGUUGACGGACCUUACGAUAUCAUAGCUGGGCACCUCGUAGCUAGUAGCGCAUCCGGAGAUUCCUCGUAUCUUCUUCUGGAUGAAUCUGGAUGUCCGACGGAUCCGGCAACUUUUCCCGCGCUAUUAAAGGAUCCAAUGGACAACCGUUCUCUGAUCUCAACAUUUACUGCCUUCAAAUUUCCCGAUAGUCAAAUUGUGCGAUUCAACGUCAUCGUUAGAUUUUGUCUCGAAGAAUGUGAGCCGACUACUUGCAGAGGAGGACAGAUUUCGUACGGCAGGAAGCGACGAUCGAUUGAGCAGCCGCUCAUCGCCGAGGUAACAGAAAUUUUCAGAAACCUCACCCCCGCGGAAUUACCGUUACAACUAUCUAUCGUCGUUCAAAGUCCGGUGAUAACAGCGGACCAUUUACUGUCCAGGGAAAAUCCGGUUCCUGAUACAGUUGUGAUCACCGGCGGAAAAUCUAUAGAUGGCCUUUUGUGCGUGGAUGCGAGUCUGGCUUUGGGUCUUCUGAUUUUUUGGUUAAUAAUCCAGAUUGUACUCACCGUUGGCUGCCUUUUAGCAGUUCGUCGCUAUAGAAAAAUGGCUGUUGAGGCCGAAGAAGACAGAGCUGAUAUACUGGCGAGGCAUCUUUACGGUAUUCACGGAGGAAACUUUGAAAUCGCACGAAGAGUUAGGUGGGCCGAUCGAAACGAUUCCUCGAUCGAAUGAUUAGUUCCUUUUCCCAAUUUUUCAAGCAAAGAGAAUUCAGAUACCGAGUUGGUGCAAAAUUUUUCAAGUAAAAUCAGAAACAAAAUUUUCAGUUUUAAUUUGUAAGCUUUAAAGAACACGAUAUGUCCAGUCGAAAAUGUGACCUUAGAUACCGGAAGCGCUAAGACAUUAGUGAAGAUAUCAGUGUCUCUUGAUAUAAUGAGAUAAUAAUUUAAAAAAAGACUAUAAAAUUCGCAUUUAAUCUUAGCAUCGUUAAUUUCAGUCAUUUAGAGGAUAAAAGGUCAAAAUAAAAAUUAAGUGUGUGUCCAUCAGUUAAUUACUUUUGCUUAAAAUGGAUGAAUAUAUUUGUAAUAUGUGUGCAUAUAUGCUAUGUGUAAAUAUGUGUAUUUUUCUUCCAUUUUCUAGAUAAUCAAUCUUUUACUAUUUCAUUAGAAUGAUAUUAUUGUAAAUUGUAUUGUUUAAUGAUGGUUAUAAAUCAUCCACUCGUGCUUGUUGAACAGCGUCCAUAAUAUCUUAAUGUCACUUCUGUAAAUAUCAGAUAUCACAUGUUGGUGUUUCAAUGUAUCUACCUAAUAAUCGCACUGCCCUAUGUAUAGUAGCUGUAUUUUUUUAUGUUAAACUCGAUAGGACAAAGACCAUCAAAUAAAAAAUAAAAGAUAAA